CCAUAUCCUCUGGGGUCUCGGUCUCUCGUCUUCUCUUCUCGUCCCUUCCAAACUUCCACCACGAUACUGUCUCCAUUCUUAGUUCCCAUCUUCUUUAAUUUUCCUAUUCAACAACGCCCCACCAGCUCUAAGCCCCAUCAAUGUCUAGAACUCUAUCUCUAGUAACCAAGCCCGGUUCAAAACUCCUGAACCGGUUCCUAAUCUUGCCGUGCCCCAAUCCGAUCCUUCACCAGUCCAGUAGGACCCUCGAAACCCUAGCUUUCGAAGAAGUUUUAUCCUCCCCAGACAAGCCCUACACUUAUACAGCUUUCAUACUUCACGGCCUCUUAGGCUCCGGUCGCAACUGGCGCUCCUUCUCCCGUUCCCUCGCUUCCUCUCUUUCAGGAUGGAGGAUGGUGAUGGUGGAUUUGAGGAAUCACGGGAAGUCGGCCGAGAUAACAGGACUGUCGCCACCGCAUACUAUAGGGAGUGCGGCUCGAGAUUUGGCUGAUUUGGUGAAAUCAAAAGGAUGGGAUUGGCCUGAUGUGGUUAUAGGGCACUCCUUGGGUGGCAAGGUGGCCUUGGAUUUCGCUCGGAGUUGUGCUCGUGGUGAUUAUGGGGAACAUGCUUGUUUGCUCAAGCAGUUAUGGGUACUUGACUCAGUCCCUGGAAAAGUAGACCCUGAGGAAAGUGAUGGAGAAGUGGAGCAAGUAUUGCAGACCUUGCAAUGUCUACCUUCAUCAAUUCCAUCUCGAAAAUGGUUGGUGGAUCACAUGAUGAAGCGUGGGUUUUCAAAGGCAUUGUCAGAAUGGAUUGGAAGCAAUCUGAAGAGAUCCGGAGACCAAGAGACAUGGGCAUUUAAUUUUGAAGGUGCAAUCCAGAUGUUUAAUUCUUAUAGGGAAACAGAUUAUUGGUCUCUGUUGGACGAACCUCCCAAAGGGAUGGAGAUAGCAAUCGUCCGGGCUGAGAACAGUGACAGAUGGACGCAAGACACCAUUCAGCGCAUUCAAAGGCUUGCUGCCAAAAGAGUUGAUGAAGCUGAUGGGAAAGUCUCUUAUCAUGUUCUUUCCAAAUCAGGGCACUGGGUUCAUGUGGAUAAUCCAAAGGGCCUUCUUCAGAUUGUGACUCCUGAACUUGCAUCUAUAACUUAGUUGCAUUUUUUGUCAAGCUUUGAGGUUUUUUCGCAUGGAAAGCUUUCCUGCUUUUCCAUCAAGUGGAAAUAUAAACAAUCAAUAUACCCCACAGAAAAAGAAAUUUUAUUUGUCGUUGAACCUAGAAGCUACCUACUUGAGUUUUAUAUAUACGGGUGCAUGCUAAACUUCAGUAAAUCACAUACUGUUAUUAACAUGUGCUUGGAUAACAAUUUUGGAAGUACAAGUUAGCAUCAUCAUGUGCUUGUGUGCAUGACAUAUCAGUAAUUAUUUGAAUGUUUUUGUUAGUAAUAUUUGAUCAGCAGCACUUUCUGGGUGGAAAAUACCUACUAAAUGGUCCGAGCAUCCCACAACACUUGGCAGUCUGUCUAUGUGCUGCCAUUUCAUGCAACAGUGGAAGGAUCCAUUGGAGUUGAAUCGUGCAACUGUUCUAGCUGCAUCACCCUCCAAUCGCUGUAUCAAAUUCUGAUCGGCUCAUUCUUUUACUGCUAUAUGCACUUGCUGCUGUCUCUAGACCCUGUGCAUGUGAGUGUGGCCUGAAUUUUGAGAUAGAGGAUGUCUGAUAGUGGUCUGUUGUCGUACUCGAUAGUGUCUGUUAGAGUGUAGCUUACUCCAUGUGAACAAAUUCAAGUGGUAAGUUGGAUAAAAUUGUAUUUUUUUCGUUGAAGUAAAAUUGCAUUCAUCUUUGAGCUUUCUUAUGAAUGAAAUGUUUGUCUUCCUGGUUAAAGGCAUUAAUCAAGGGAUUGUUGCACAAGGUCUCAUUUUUUGUCAGGUUCAAGGAGUAACAAUCUAUUUUCAGCUAGUGGUUCUUCAGUUUUGCAUUCUGUAAUUUGAUAAUAUACACGAAGCAGAAAUUAAUCUGGAAAUGGGUGGCAAAUUAAAUCCUUAGGUCUCUGGAUCAUGUCCUUUCGUCCUUUGUUUCAUUGACUGUAACCCUAAUGAUUUUCAUAUUUGGUGUGUUGGAAGUUCAACCAAGAAUUCCAGAGGAAGCAGCAUCCGAGAACAUGUAAAGCAGGAUGUAGAAGCUAGCCACGUACCCUUUUUCCUGCUGGGAGGGUUCCCUGCCUUCCCCUUGCUUCUGCCUUCUUUUUUAGCUUGUUGAUGUUGAUGCUUUUAGAAACUCGAAAUUAGUCUUUUAAGGAUGGGACUUUUAUAUUGUUGCCCCGUUUGCUAUUAGAGUGGCAAGGGGGGCUCUGUAGGUCCCUACAUUUAUUGCCACUCUUUUAACUUUGUCAGCUUGCAGUUGAUUCACUUGCAGUUGAUUUUCGUGGGUGGUAGAUGGUUCAUUUGCUUUAAAAUGUUAUCGUUGUGCUAAUUGCUGUCACGUUGCAACUAAAUGUGGUAUUGAAAAUGCUGGUCUUUUGAAGUGGUAUCGAAAAUUGUAUAGUUUGCUUUUA